AUGGGCAAGUCGGAGAGCCAGACAGACAUCGUGGAGCGGUGGCGCGGAGCCGAGCGGCGGCGGAGGCGCUGGAGCGCGGCGGAGCUCGGGCUCUCCGCGCUGCUGAUGGUGCUGAGCUGCGCGCUCGCGACGCUGCUCGCGCUCUACGCGUCCGCGCUCAGAGAAACAAGCGAACAGGCAAACGAACAACCCGGCGUCAUUCAGCAGAGCAGAGGAACGAUCCAAAUCGGUCCACAUCGAUCUGGCAGGAGCAACGUGUGCACGACUCCCGGCUGUGUCACCGCAGCUGCAAGGCUGCUACACAACAUGGACCCAGGGCUGGACCCCUGUCAGGACUUUUACAGGUAUGCCUGCGGUGGUUGGCUGGAACGGCAUGUCAUCCCAGAGACCAGCUCCCGUUACAGUGUGUUUGACAUCCUGAGAGAUGAGCUGGAGAUUAUACUUAAAGGAGUCCUGGAGACAGAGAACCAGAAGGACAGGGAGGCCUUCCUGAAAGCCAAGACUCUCUACAAGUCCUGCAUGAACGAGGGUCUGAUUGAGCAGCGCGAUUCUCAGCCCCUGAUGGAACUAAUUGACUUGGUUGGUGGCUGGCCUAUAGCUUCAGAAGGUUGGAUGAGAAAUGAAGAGCGAGAGUGGAGUCUGGAGGACACCUUGGCAACGCUGAACUCCCGUUUCCACAAAAAGGUGCUCGUGGACCUGUUUGUGUGGACCGAUGACCGUAACUCCAGCCGACACAUCAUCUACAUUGACCAGCCAGGGCUGGGAAUGCCAUCGCAGGAUUAUUACUUCAGCGAUGGAAAUUACAGAAGGGUACGGGAAGCUUACCAACAGUUUAUGGUGGAGAUGGCACUGAUUGUUCGUCAGGAUCGGAACCUGACGAGGGACGAGGAACACGUUCGGGAGGAAGUGAUGCGAGUGAUGGAGCUGGAGACAGACAUCGCCAACGCCACUUCCCCUGCUGAGACACGGCAUGAUGUAACUCUACUGUACAAAAAAAUGACACUGAACCAAGUGCAAGAGACUUUUGCCCUCAAUGGCUUUAACUGGACAAGGUUCGUACAAGGUGUGCUCUCCAGCGUGACCGUGGAGGUGGAUCCCUUGGAGGAGGUGGUGGUCUAUGGUAUCCCCUACCUGCAGAAAUUGCAGGAUGUGCUGACUAAGCAUGACACCAGGACGCUGCAGAACUACCUUGUGUGGCAGCUGGUCGCUGAUAGAGUUGGCAGUCUAAGUCACCGCUUCAAGGCUGCCAGGUCCCACUACAGAAGGGCGCUCUACGGAACGACGGUGGAGGAGGCGCGGUGGCGUGAGUGCGUCCGUUACGUGAGGAGCAGCAUGGAGAACGCGGUGGGCGCCCUGUACGUCCGAGAGGCCUUUGCUGGCGAGAGCAAGCGAGUGAUGAGUGACCUCAUUGGUAAGAUUCAGGAAGCCUAUGUGGAGACACUGGAGGAACUGAGCUGGCUGGAUGCUGAGUCUAAGGAGAAGGCCAGGGAGAAGGCUAUGGCCAUCAAGGAGCAGAUUGGCUACCCUGACCAUAUCCUCCAGGAAGAGAACAGCAAGCUGGACCAAGAGUACGCACAUCUCAACUUCAGUGAGGACCGCUACUUUGAGAACGUCCUGCAGAACCUACAGGCAGGGGUCCAGAGAAGUCUGAGGAGGCUGAGGGAACACGUCGACCCGGAACUAUGGAUCAUUGGUGCUGCAGUUGUCAACGCUUUUUACUCCCCCCACAGGAACCAGAUUGUGUUUCCAGCAGGAAUUCUACAGCCCCCGUUCUUCAGCAAAGAGCAGCCCCAGGCUCUCAACUUCGGAGGGAUAGGGAUGGUGAUCGGACAUGAGAUUACGCAUGGGUUUGAUGAUAACGGUCGUAAUUUCGAUAAGGAUGGAAAUAUGCACAACUGGUGGAGCAACUUUUCUGCAGAGCGCUUCAAGGACCAGUCCCAGUGUAUGGUGUACCAGUAUGGUAAUUUCUCGUGGAAGCUGGCUGGAGGACAGAAUGUUAGUGGCAUCAACACUCUUGGAGAAAACAUUGCAGACAAUGGUGGAGUCCAGCAAGCAUACAAGGCGUAUUUGAAGUGGGUUGAGAGGGAGGGCGAAGAACCUCAGCUUCCUGGCCUAGAUCUGAACUACAAACAGCUCUUCUUCCUCAACUUUGCCCAGGUUUGGUGUGGCUCCUAUCGACCAGAAUAUGCCAGCCAGUCCAUCAAGACGGACUUGCACAGUCCUCUGGAGUACAGAGUUACGGGAUCCCUCCAGAAUUUUGCAGCAUUUUCUGAGGCAUUCCGGUGCAAGCAGGGCAGCCCUAUGAACCCUGAGGUGAAGUGCCGAGUGUGGUAGCCAAGGAGGUGGAGGUUUGCCUUGGAAGCGGGGCCAUAACUGGGCAAUUCACCCAA